AGUACAGGUUUGUAGAGCAGACAGAAUAAAAAUUAUGCUCGAAUGAAAGGAAAAGGAGUUGAGUAGGAGGCCCUUCUUUUUGAAUUUAAGUACUUUACUUUGCUUUUCUUUCUUGGUUCUUCGUAGCAAUUCAAUUACAGCUAGGAACAAAAUGCCAUCUCCACCUAGUGCUUCCACUUCGAAGUCCACAGUUGUACCCACCACGAAAACCGGCGAGAAAGUUGAUCCAUUCGCCGCCUUGCCAAGCAAUGUUGGGCUGCAAGUAGUGCAUUUUCUGGACUUGCGCAGCGCAGACCGGUUCAGCAAGACCAGCGGUGCUUGCCGUCAAAUUUUCGAUGGGAGCGUGGAGAGCAGCACCAGUGUCAAAUGCCCGGCUCUCUUCGUGUUGAAUCUCUUGGACGGGUUUGGAGCCGACCUGGAUUUUUUGGGUUGGUUGGACGUCACCAGUCUGGCGCGACUGCGGGAAGUUUCGAUCAUGUUCAAAACGUCCGUCGAUGCGUAUCUAAUCUCCGACCGCGUGGUCCCGCUGUCGCCGCCGCUGCCGCCCGUUGAGGCGAGGGAGGAGCGCAGGAAGAUCGCAGACGAGGACUCUCUCAGCCUGCGCCGCACGCGUCCGGUUCUUCACCUGCUCAGCAUGCCGCAUUCAUCCAAACCUGAGCACGAAGACGCGAGCGUUCGACGGGUAGAACUCUUCAGAAACACCCGGUGCAGGACUGUAGCCGACCUCGAUCGCGCCGGCGCGCCAUGGUGCCGCUUCUACUUGUUGCGAGCCGGGUUGGACUGUCGCCAAGAAGCGGUUUGCAGGUUGAUGUCGUUCAAAGAGGGAAACGACCGCUUCGCAGUCAAAAACGACUGGAGUGCGGCCGAAAAAUGGAUAAACCUGCGGAAUAAUAUUUAUCCUUUUUCGCUUGACCGCAGAGAACCUCACAGAAUAAGUCUGCUGCGCGUGAUCCAGAAUCCGUUUUAUUGUGCAUGCGCGAUGAAGCUGUCUUGGAACUACAAUGACUACCCGCAACCGGCGCCUUUGUCGUGCUUUUUUGUAGUGCUGUUUCACUACUGUGCGUUGCUCAAAUCGAAGCAGGCACAGGAGACCGCGGCUCCUUCGGGUUCGGACGAACGAGGCGAAGAAGUACAUAAUACAGCAGACCCAGAUCAACACAGCAAGCACCUCCUACAGGAGCAGGAGGAACACGAUGUCACAAUGAAGGAGCAAGAAGCUUCAAGUGGGGAUGGAGGCGAAAAGGUCAAUGAGGACGACGACGGCAAGACCAAGACACCAGACGAAUCCACCAGCAAGCCCAGCAGCUUCAGCGACCUCGCGACGGACGCCAACCUUCAGGCCAAAGACCGGCUCGCCAUUCAGCAGAGCUGGAGACAGUCUGGCUUUGCCCUUCUGAUGCUCGUCAUUGACUUUGCGCGCUACUUCUAUCGUGUGGAGAAUGGGCGGCUACCGGAAAGCGAGGUUGAUGACGUUGUCCUGACUGAAGUUGGGGAUUUUCUUCUGGACGCACUAGAAAAGGGGAAACCAGUUACAAGUUUUUGUGCAGACGGCUUCUUUUGGACUACAACCCCAGACCAACGCGUUUUGCAAACGGAAGCACCGACUUGGAGCAAAAGGCAGCGACGGACAGUAAAUUCAUCGAUGUUCUUUUUCAUUUUCAUCGCACGGAAGACUACAAAAAGCAAUUCUUUUUCAUUCGUCCUAUUAUUUCAUCCCCCUUGUUCGUGUACUACACGGAGCUUGGUUUCCUUUGAUUUUAUCAAGCGAUGAUGACGAACUUUAUCCUACACCACAGUUAUUGGACCACUGGUUACAGGCAGAGAUUGAGUUUGGUUCGGAAGGGCUUUUUCAGAUUCUUAGGCGACAGGAGCAGUUGACGCGCAUACUGCCCCUACUCGCAAGCACCCUGUGGAACCAGACCCUUCGGUGGUUGCUACGGAGAAGCGCGCGGGGCGGCAUGACCAGCGAUGCACAGUUGUGCUUCCAGUUCCUCAAUGUGCUAGAUCCCUCCACCGCCAGUCUUGCUUACGAUUUGAGGGAUGAGGGCAGCGACCUGAGCUACAAUUACGAGAGCGACAAUGAGGCCAGCAUGGAGGUCUCUGGUGACGAUGAAGAUGGAAGCGACGAGGGCGAUGCGUGUAGCUCAGACGCGCCGGUGGAGUACGUGCUGAAAAUUACCAACGAGGCAGUGCUAGCAACAGAUUACGCCCAUUGGUUUCAUUGCCGGGCGAAAGCGGCGCGUACGGAAAAUGACCCUGAAAACCUAUUCAUGAUGCGUAACGAACCCCUGCGUCUGCGACGAGUAAACAAUUUUAGCUACAUGAAGAAAUUCUCCCUCCGAGUCCGGAAGUACUACGAGCAAACAGAAGAGGACGCAAGGAACUUCUUCAAAAGUGCGGUUUUCUUGGAGUCGCCGCGCGUGCAGCAGUCUGUAGCCAAGUUUCUGGAAGCCUGCAGACCUGGCUUGGCAGCUUUUGCGGAAAACGAAGACGUGCGCUGGGGCUGUUCUGCUUUAAUUCUUUUGCCGUUACUGGACCUUUUGGUGGAGCUUGCGCCGGUGCUUGGAAAAGGGUGGGCGGCCACGAUUUGUGGGUACAUGUUUCCGUACGACAAGGAGGAGCUGGGGCGCGACGAUUCCACACUUCCUCGUUGGCUGAAAGAACCGUGUAAGCGAAGAGUUGCGACCCUGGACGGCCAAAACGAAGUGGACCUGAACUGGAUAACGGCAGCGCUCCAUGGGAAGCAAGGUCACCUGUUCGAGCCGGAAGAAACGGAAGAAGACACAAAUUCCAUUCCCCGCGGUGUGCUGACUUCCCAUCAAGCGAAAGAACUUUGCCGAAAGCGACUAGCGGAGAAUCCCUGGCUUCUGGGAGUUAUGAAGUUGGACGCUAAAAAUGUGCGGCUGCUAUUGCGUUAUGUAGUAAGCAUGUACGCGAAAGCGAAUUGAAAUUGUGCGUGGUACGAAGAGGAAUCGAAAUGCUCUUCGACGAGGAAAAUACAUGCAGCUACGACGCACGUGAUUGAAGGCGAACAUCGCCUUCGCAAGCUUCCGAUACAGCUGAAAUUGGUCUGUGGUUACCACGUUUGCAUUCAAAAUCCGUGCUGCAGCUCACGAACCAAUUCCAAUAGCAGAUGCGCGCAUGAGACUUUGGCUUUCAUAAUUUCCCGUGCGCCGAAGGUAAAGAGGAGGGGGGCUAUAGUUGUGGGAGGCGAUUCAUCAGACUCGGAAUUCGAUUAUGAUGCAGCUCUAAGCGGCUCUGAUAGAGAUGAAUAAGCUUGGAACUGCGACGCUGAUAAUGCAAAAUGGUACUAGUCAAGAUCUGGAAGUGGAUGUUGUUGUUGGCAGAUUAUUUUCCUAUACCUAUUCCCCGAUCACGUGUUUACAGUGCAGCAGCACGAUCCACCCCAUAGCAGAUGCUAGGUGCUCAGGCACUUGUUGCACGAAACCGCUUUUG